UUAAAAGCUUUAUGUUAAAAACUUUUUUCCUUUUGAUGAACCGUUGCUGACUAGGUUGCACGUACUUUUGACUAAUUUUACGUGGCAUAAUAUGGGUAAUUUUAUUCACUUAAACAAAUAAUAAUUUUUACCGCUAAAAAUCUAAUACGAGACCUCGUGAUGUUUAAUCUGUUUAUUGACCACUUUGGUGCUAUAUUAAUUUUUUUUUAAGAACUGUUGUCGUGUAGGUAGGGCACUCUUUUAUUAAUUUUACUGGGUAUAUAAUAUGGGUAUCAGGUAAGUCGAAAAUUUACUUGAGACGUUGUGAUUUUCCAUUUGCUCAUUGACCACUUUAGAUUCUAUAUUGAAAACACUUUAAUUUGAAAAUUUCUAUGUCGGACUUUAAGAAAUGAUAUGUACUAAUAAUCAUGUUAAAUCGGAUAAAAAAAUUAAUCAAGUUAAAAGUCUUUUUAAACUAAAUUAAAUUUCCCGUAAAACACCUUUAUAUAAAACGAAGCUGAAAGCCAUAAAUGCUUUUAGAUUUUUCUUCUUGUAAGUUAUGAAGUUGAUGAUUUUCUUUGGUUUUACAAUAAUUUAUUUUAUUUUUUCAAUUUGACUGGUUCUGUUUAAUCAAUUUAUUUGAAGUGUUGAGAUGAUUUUUUGACGUUUUAUAAGUUGUUUGUAUCGUUUGAAUACGCUUAAUUAGCAUGAGAUAAGGCUGAAAUUGUGGAAAAAAGAUUUGUGUACGCAAAUGGCUGCUUUCAUGCUUAAUGAAUGAUAGUAGUAUUAUACUAGUAAUUUUUGAUGUUGGCCCCACUAAAGUUGGUUUCUUUGAAUUAAGUUGUUUCUAACCCCUAUUCACACUAUAUAAAGUUUAUUCAUACAUUAAAAAAAGCCAUUGAUUGAUGUAUUAAUAAUGAUAAUCUGUUGAAGUUGUCCAACUAGUGUUUUAUUCUUUUCUACGUUUUACGUAUUUUUUAAAUUAUUUUUGUCUCUAUUGAAAACAAUCUCUUUAAGUCACCUAUGAGGUAGAGGUAAGGUUUGUGUACGCUCUGCCCUCCCCAGACCAUACUUUGUAGUACUACAUUGGGUAUGUUGUUGUUAUCGUCAUCGUCGUUGAGGUUACUCAGACUAAUUGAGCUUAUUAUUGGUAGUUGCGAAUGUGGAGCCAAGGUUCAAGGAAUGAUAUUGCAUUAAAAAUUAUAAGCGUAAUUAUGUAGGCAUAGAUUCUGUUAUUGAUGAUUGCAUUUUUUUAAUUCUUUUCUUGUUACAUUCUUGGUUUGUUUUAUAAAAUAAGAACAACGUAUGUAUUCUUUAUUCUAACAUAGUUUAUGUAAUAUAUAUAAUAUAAGAAGGUGAUGGUUUAAGUUUAACAACUACGAACGUAUUCAAAAGUUUUCUUUUGCGUUGUCUCUUGCUGUUUUGCUGUCAUAUUUUACUACCACUCUUGCUUCGAAAACACCUCUUUUGAGCUGAAUUUGUUGGAAACGAUCUCUCUAUCCUACAAAGGCAGGGGUAAGGUUUACAUUUAUGCUAUUCUCUAUAUUAUUGCUGUUGUUGCAACACAUUUGUAAUCUUGGCGCCUAUCAUUUAAUUGUGAUUAUGCUUGUGGGAUAUCAAAUUUCUGUAAUUUUUGUACUGCUCUAGACAUAUGUUAGAUAUCUUGAACUAGAACAGUCAAUGGAUUUAGAAUUACAUGUCUUACAGCAAUAUAAUUAUAAAUUUUGGAUUUGCAUAAGUUUUUUUGAGGGAUGAAGCAAGCGGAUUUACUUGUGUUCUCUUUGAAAUUUAUGUGCUUUUGUUCCAUGACAGUUCCCUGAACAAUCAAAGCCAUUUAUAUCAAAAAGUGGUGCAUUUAGAAAUUUUGUAUGCUGAACAGGUGUGGUUCCUUUUCGAAGUGUUGCUCCAAAAUUUUGACUGGAUUGGCUGCAUAUACACUUAAUGAAGUCCUCUAACAAUGUACUCCUAAAGGAUACCAGAGGAAAUAAGAAAAGAUAGAUGUUGAGAAUAUGGUUUUGUGGUGUGUAUUUUAUAUCAUAAAGGUUGCUAAGUCAAUGACUUGAAUGGGAAGGGAAUUCUUGAAUUGCUUUCCACCUUCGGGAUCACUUGAAAAAAUAAUUGAGAACUGUAACAGUUAAUGAUCUGCUAUAGGUGAUAAUAAUCUGGUAGUGUUGCAUUCUUAAUUCUUGAUGAACCUCCAAAUUUUUCUUAACUUUUAAGUGAUGAUGGUAUGUUUCGUGGUCAGCCACUAAAGAAUCUUGGUGGUCAAUGAUCUGAAAUGGAAGCUUGUCAUAUUUGCAAACACUUUACUUUUAGAGACUGUAUAGAUCACAAAUAUAGUGUUAUAGCAUGUUUUGCCUCAGUUACUCUCCAUACUGAAAAAGGCUUCAUUAUGCCAGAGCGUGCUCAUUCAACUUUUUUUCAGCCAUCUGGUGCAACUUUAUUGACAAUGUCUGUUAAGAGGAGAUAGUUUCUAAUCGUCCUGUCUUUCAGUGUGUUGAGAAAACUAGGAUUGCUAUUAAUUUCCAGCGUAUUGAAGCAAUAGUAGGAACGAUGAUGCAACACAAAAGAAGCCCAAUUUCCCUAGAGCAUAGCACCGGCCUCACAACUCUUACACCAAAAAGACUAAAGGCCGAUAUGCCCAUUUCCUCCAAGGAGAAGAAGGAGAAGUUUGGUGAACGAAUAGUAGCUCUCCAGCAGCUGGUGUCACCAUAUGGCAAGACAGAUACGGCUUCUGUUCUCCUCGAAGCAAUGGGAUACAUAAAAUUCCUCCAUGAACAAGUGAAGGUGUUGAGUGCACCAUACCUCGGAAGUAUGCCAACGCCUAAGACACAGGAAUCACAACCUUACAAUUUGAGAAGCCAAGGCUUAUGUCUUGUGCCGGUUUCAUAUACUGUUGGAGUGGCGAGCAGCAAUGGUGCUGAUAUUUGGGCUCCCAUUAAGACCUCACAUAAGUUUUAGAUAACAACGUGGGAUUAGCGAUCACUAGUGUCCAUAGUAAGGUCUUGGAUUGACAAUAACACUGUUUGAAAAAGCCAGCCGAAAGGAUGCCUUUUCAACACAGAGAUGCAGGUAUUCAAUGGUUCUCUUGGCAAGGUCCACUUGAUUUUAUGUGGUUCAAACCUCUAAGGCUUUGUUCUUCUGAUAGAUACUAGUAGCCAGAUCUAAUUUGCGGGCUAUAAUAUAAGGAUAGCCUGCGUUCUGUCUCGGGUUCUUUAACAGAAAUGUAUACUGAAGAAGGAAAAGUUAUGUAGUAAUCUUAGCUGGAAAUGUAUCAAGGAUGGGCUUGUAUUAUAUUAGAUGCAAUGGAAACUCUAGAAGAACCUAUUUGAUUCAGUGAUAAUAUUCUUAGCCACUGCCA